CCGCAAAGAAGCAAUGGCGACAGAAUCCCCACGCCGCCCUAGUAGAUGUACUGGAGGAGUGGUUGUGCGCCCGCAAGCUGUCACGGAACAGUCAUAUAUGGAAAGCGUUGUUACGUUUCUUCAAGAUGUUGUGCCACAGGCCUACAGUGGUACCCCACCAGCAGAAGAAAAGGAGAAGAUCAUCUGGGUCAGAUUUGAAAAUGCAGAUUUAAAUGAUACAUCGAGGAAUAUGGAGUUUCAUGAAAUACAUAGCACUGGGAAUGAACCACCAUUACUGCUGAUGAUUGGAUACAGUGAUGGAAUGCAAGUCUGGAGCAUACCUAUCAGUGGUGAAGCUCAAGAACUCUUUUCUGUCCGCCAUGGUCCAGUUCGAGCUGCACGGAUUUUACCAGCUCCACAAAUCAGUGCUCAGAAAUGUGAUAAUUUUUCUGAGAAGCGACCUCUUCUUGGUGUGUGCAAAAGCAUUGGAUCUUCUGGCACAAGCCCACCUUACUGCUGUGUGGACCUUUAUUCUUUGCGAACAGGAGAGAUGGUCAAGUCCAUACAGUUCAAAACUCCUAUUUAUGAUCUGCAUUGCAAUAAAAGGAUACUUGUUGUAGUCCUGCAAGAGAAAAUUGCCGCCUUUGACAGCUGUACAUUCACCAAAAAAUUCUUCGUUACAA